AUGGCGAAGGGACGCAACAGCAGGAAUGGCAAGAAAAGCGUGGACAAUGCGCAGGCUAAGGGAGUGUCGGACGUACCUGACGUACCUGUGGCGGGUCCCGUCGGUGGUGAGAAAUCGCCUGCAAGCUCGGCGUCGGACACGGUUUUGGGUCCUUUCGAAGCUCUCCUGGAUCUGCCGAUUGGUGCUGAGCAAGCUGCUGGAUCAAGCCAGAAAGAGUCGGAUGGGAAGGAAGAAUCUGCUGCUCAUCUGCAAGACCCUGAUGCGGAGGGGGGAUCAAAGGAUGAGGAUGCUGCCGGUGACAUUGACAACAACGGUGAUGACUUGCAGCAAUCUGAAUCCCCUGGGGAUGAGGAUGAUGGUUACCUGAGUGAUGACUCUGACGAACAUCUGGAUCCGGAUUCGCUUAACAGUGUCAUUGCUCUUAAGCGAUUCUCACUAACCUUACUGGUGCCGAUUCUCAGGAGUGUUGAAGUCAAGCGUGCUGCAGUGACAGUAGCUGCGAUGCUGGAUGAAUGGAAGGAGCUGCUAUCGUCAGAAGUGCUGCAGACUACGACGUACCAAGAUCUAACGGCGGUGUACUUCUCUGGUGCACGCUACGGACGGCUGCAAGUCACUUUCAACAAUGUCCGGGACGCAAAUUUUGUCUGGAAUCAAGUCAUUCGCCAUGAGUGCGUAAACGGAGACUUCAUUGAUCUCGCCUGGCAGCAUCCGGAGGACGCGCGUUUUCUCCGUGAGCGUGUGCUGAACCCCAUGGCUAAGGAGAUUGUGGUUAAAAAUGUACCGGCGGACUUAACAGCGGAGUUGAUUCGUCGGCUGUUGGUGGUGUCGAAGCUGGUCAAGAGAGGAAGGAGUGCGUUCGUCAGCGGCUUUGGCUUCCAUCGGGUGGUUGACCCAGUGACUGGGCUGGAUACUGAUCGCAUCCGUGGUCUGAUUAUCCCGCACGCUGGUGAUGAGUAUCGGUGGAGGUAUUUUGUGGAAGACCCUACCACAGGGAAGCGUUACCUGCUGCACUACCCGUCGCUGACCUUGCUGGCGGCAAAGACGGGAACAGAGGGGGGACCUGGGUUAUGGAGAAUGCAUGCUGCGCAAGCAAGCAGUCCGGGGGUGCGGAACACGAUUCAGAAGGUGCUACAAAGUCAGUCAGGGCAGGGGGGGAAGAAGCUGCAGUCCACCUUCACCAUGCUGCAGGCCAGCCUCAAAGCCCAUGCAAGGGAGGAGAGGAAGAGGAUUGGGAGAACCAUCGCUCACCUGGAGGAUAGGGUAGCUGCGUUGAGACAGGAGUUUAUGGCGGAUACGGGUUUACAAGGUAAAUUUGAUGAGCUGGUGAAAUUCGAAGCGCAGCUGAAAGCAUACAGAGACAGCCAAAGGAAGCGGAAGCAGACGAUGGCAGGAGUAGGAGAGGAAAUGGCUGGGGAGAUUGCGACAAAAUUCUUAACCAGGAGGAUUGCGUCCAAGAAAGCAAAGACGUUGAUUAAGAUGGUGGUUCAUGACGGGAGAUGCUACGAUGGGGAAAGAGAGGUGCUGUCGGCAGCAUCGGAUUUUUUCACCAAACUUUUCCAGGGUAAAACGCAAUCUGCUGAGGUGGAAGAGUGGCCGAUAGACCCGCAAAAGGUUUUGGAUGGUGAGGGGGUGAGCCGCUUAGCUGCGCCAUGGUCGGAAGCGGAGGUGAAAAAAGCGAUAAAGGAGCUCCCGAGAGGCAAGGCGCCAAGAGCGGAUGGUCUGCCGAAGGAGCUGUUGGAAGACAAUUGGGACCUGUUGGGGGUCACUGUGAUGGACUUCAUGAGGGAGUUUGAGGCUACUGCGAAACUGCCGGAAAGCUUCUCAACGGCGGUAACGAUCCUUCUGCAUAAAAAGGGGGAGAAGACAGAUCUGGGUAACUACCGGCCGAUUACACUUCUAAGCGCGGUGUACAAGAUAGUCGCGAAGCUGCUGGCGAACAGGAUGAAAAAAGUAUUGCCGCAAGUUAUCUCGGAGAACCAGUUCGGCUUUGUCCCAGGCAGGAGGCUUGCGGAUGCGGUCAAAGUGGUAGCGGACACGAUCGAUGCUGCGGUGCAAGGGAGUGAGGACUGGUGCUUACUUCUUGUCGACUUCCAAAAGGCCUACGACUCAGUGUCGCGCACCUUCCUCUUCCGCACGCUGGAACAGAUGGGCUUUCCGGAGGUCUUCAUUAAGUGGUCCAAAGGGCUUCAUGACCAGGCAGCGACACAGCUCCUAAUAAAUGGAUGGCUGGGAAAGAAGGUUGAGGUUGAGUCAGGAGUACGGCAAGGGUGCCCGCUGGCGCCGUAUCUCUUCAUCUGCGCAGCAGAGCCACUAAGUCAGGAGGUUAAAAGAAGGAAGUUGGGGCUGCGGAAGAGAGGGAAAGGGGACCUGUCAUACCUGGGGUAUGCUGACGAUACGACGCUUAUACUUCAAGGCAAGGAGCAGCUGGCAAAGGCGCAGGAGGUACUGGAGGACUUCGGCGUCAGGUCAGGGCUGCAAGUUAACCGGGGGAAGUCAACAGUGAUGCGGCUGGGGAGAAACAGGCUGCUCCCUUCGCAAACCGACACGAGUUUCAGCUGGGCAGAAAGGGACAAACCGGAGAGACUGUUAGGUAUCUGGGUUACGGCAGACGGGAAAGCGGAGCCGACAUGGGAGAAAACGCUGGAGCGGGUCAACACGAUACUGCGAAACUGGGAAAAGCUGCACCUUACCACAACAGCGAGGGUAACGGUUCUGAACGCUUACGUGAUGCCGGUGAUACUCUUCCAGGCGCAAGUCUAUCAGCCGCCGAAGCUGAUUUGGAAGAGGAUUCUGAAGUUAUGUCACAACUUCAUAUCGAAAGGGUGCGCGGAUGAGGAGAAGCACUUUAUCCUUUGGAGCGAGUUCCUGGCAAACCUGGAAAGGAAGGGAGGGGGACUCGGUGUGAUUAACCCGACGGACAGAAUCAACAGUCAGGCGUUAUGGAACCUCGGGGCAGCCCUGCUGGAAGAGAACUCGAUAAAGCAGUGGUUGAUGGAGAAGGCGGCGAACAUGCCCCUGGGUUGGGCAACAUUGCUGGCGCAUAAGGCCAUUCUUGCUGAGUGGAAGGGAGGCGGGGAGCGGUGGCAGUCGUUGGUGCCGCUCGUAUGGGAGAAACAACUGCUGGAGCUACCGGAACCUGCGGACAGUGGCCAGCAGGCUGGCUUUCUUCGGUUCCCGUGCAUGCUGCCCAUACUGCAAGCAGGAGGAGACGCCAACGCAUUGUCUGAUGAGCUGCCCGGUGGUUAUGGGAAUAUGUGGCGCGCUUCAGGACUCGCUUCGUCUGAUUAA